CGCGCGCGGCUCGUCGCCGCCGCCGGGCUGCCAGGCUCGGCUCGGCUCGCCUCGGCUCGCCUCGCCUCCUCCCCCCGCCUGCCCGCCUCCCCACGCACCCCCGACCCCGCGGGCGCCGCCAUGGACGGGGGCGCCUUCGGCGCGGGCAAAGCCGGCGGCGCCUUCGACCCGCGCGGCUUCGUCCGGCAGCCGCACACCCUGCUGCGGCUCCUCUCCUGGGUGUUCUCCAUCGUGGUGUUUGGCUCCAUUGUCAAUGAAGGGUAUGUGAACCGCAUGGACGAGUCACAAGAGCACUGCAUUUUCAACCGCAAUCACAAUGCUUGCAACUAUGGCAUUACUGUGGGUGUCCUCGCCUUCCUCAGCUGCCUUCUUUACCUGGCUCUGGAUGCCUACUUUCCACAGAUCAGCAGUGUCAAAGACCGCAAGAAGGCAGUUCUCUCAGACAUCGGAGUCUCUGCCUUUUGGGCAUUCCUGUGGUUUGUGGGCUUCUGCUUUCUGACCAACCAGUGGCAACUUUCAAAAGAAGAGGACAACCCAAUGAAUGAGGGAGGGGAUGCAGCCCGAGCAGCCAUCACAUUCUCGUUCUUCUCCAUCUUUACUUGGGUGGGCCAGGCAUUCCUGGCAUAUCAACGUUUCCGUCUGGGUGCCGAUUCGGCCCUCUUCUCCCAGGACUACAUGGACCCAAGCCAGGACUCCGGCAUGCCUUAUGCUCCCUACACGAAUGAGGAGGAUGCUACAGAUACGGUGGGGACGUACCAGCAGCCCCCUCCGGCAGAUGCUUUUGACACCGAGACACAGGGGUACCAAACGCAGAACUACUGAGCCACCAAUGCCCCUUCCCCUCCUCCCUUCCCUUCUGCCCCUUUCCCACUGCCGGCAAAAGGCCGAGGCACAAAACAGACACGUGCGUAGUGGCACAAGUGGUGGCUCUCAGCUAUGCUCCAGCCUUCUGGGUCAUCUGUUUUUAUUGUUUUUUAAAAAGAAAAGCAAGCCCCAUCACUUCUUUCUUAUCCUGUCCUCAGAGUUACCCACCAGAACCAAGUUGUUCCAAAUGUGUCACUGUGUCGCAACAAGAAGGGUCCCUGUUUCUCUUCUCUUCUUCCUCCCUCACUGCAGGAGUGAAGAAUUUGGUUCAUUCGCUUGAUGGACAGGAGAGAAGGAUUAUGGCACCAGCAGAGCAGAAGUAAAAGGCAGUAGAGGAGGAAAGGAAAAGGAAGGGGUAAGAGGAAACAGGGACCAAGGGGUUCCUAGGAGAGCUGGUGCUGCUAAAGGCUGAAGUAGAUGUAGGAGCAUCCAAAUCGGGCCCAAGGCCUGGUUGCUCAGGGAGGGGAACAUGAGGUGGCAAAAAGCGGAGAAGGCGUGAGAGUUAGCAUGCAGGCAUGCAAGGGUUGAGGGAGGGCUGUAGGUGGGUGGGGGAGUGGGAAAGGGUUCCCCACGCAGGCGUGCAAAGACAAAGGUGCUUUUCUCUCCCACACUGAUGCACACAGGUGAGGGAGGGAUGCUUUAUUUUUAGAGAAUUUGGGGAGGAAUGGUACUGAGCAAGGGGGAAGAAGGGGAGGGAGCACAGAGAGAUAAAGUGGGAAGGGAAGGAGGAAGAUUUGCAGGUACAGACAAAAAACACAUACGCAUCUGCAGAUUUGAAGAGAAGCCUGACUUGACAGAUUGAAGUAGAGGGACAGUGUUAUGAGAGUCACUCUGUCCCCAUGUCCUUUUGGAUUGAGUUUUGGAUUGAGCUGGUUGUGUUUUUCCCCUCAUCUGUAUGUCCUAAUUGCUACUCUUCUCAGAUUAGCACUGUUUAGUGAGGCAGGACAGGGGAGCUGUGCUGAGUCCCUGGCCCCCAAGGUGCAGGCUCUCAGGGAGGAAGGAUGGAGGAGGUGUGCUCCUAGGAAGUCCGUGUCCCCAGCUGGGCUGUUUGAGAGAGUCUAAUCAGGAGAAGAGGAGAGCUUUUCCAUUCACCUUGGGCAGGAGGGGGGGGAGAAAAAAGCUAGUCUUCCUCAUGCCCUUCUGAAUCCUCCUUUCCUCUGCUACCAGACUCUAAAGCUUCUCACUGACACCAUCUUUAUAAUAUGCAGGAAUGGAGCAGGAUUCCCCCAGCAGAAAUACGGCUGCUAUGAUGGUCAGCCUGUGUCUGGCUGUUACACAGGGGUGUAAGCAAGUAGUAAAGGGUCCUGUGCCUUCCCAGCUGAGCUCUGUGCUUUGCUUCCCACUCAAAUGAGGAGGAAGUCUUAGUGUGCAAUUCAGCAAAGUGAGCUGAAAUAGGAGGAUGUGCUCUGUCCUUACAAAGUUGGUUGGGGCAAGGCUGACGUGUCUGAAAAUUUGCCUUACUAUACCUUACAUAGUGCUCCUUCUGCAGCAUCUGAAAUCCUGGUUGUCUUUAAAGCCUCACCUAGGUGGCAGUAGUGACUGCCAGACAGAGCUCAUAUGGAUGCUCUUCCACACUCCUGAUGAUUUUGUUUCAAGUAGAGAUGCUGCUGUGGAAGCACACCAUUUAUUCCAGGAUAGAAGUAAUGUUUAUUCUAGAAAACAGUGUCCCUAAAGGGAAAUAAUUCACCAAUAGCCACUGGGACAAUUUUCCCCAGCACAGACAACUCAGAGCACAAGAAGCUGAACUGCAAGGCUGGGUAUGUCUUGCAGCAGUGAGGAGCUCCAUUCCCCAGGCUGCCAGUCUGGUCCAAGUAACACUGGCCUGAGUGGCAGAGAUCAGGAGCAGACCCCAAACUCAUAGGUGCUUCCCCUGUGCAUUCAACCUAUUCCCUGUAGUACCUUCAAGAGUCAGGAGGAGGGGACACAUGUCUGGCCUGAGGUUGUGUGAACAUCUUGUCUGGAGGCCACUGAGUCCUGUUUCGUUAGGAUUCCCAUUAGGACAGCAUAAAACAUCCAGGUUACCAGUCCUUCCGCUCCUUCUAGUGUUACUUUUCUCCAGCUCUCCCACCAUGACAGGGAAGGGGUAGAAAACCGAGAGUUGCAGGCCCCAAAGGGAGGGCAAUUUUCUCUAUUGUACCUAGGCACAAUUUCUACGUGCUGUUUUGAGCUUUUAAGGGCUGCUAGACUUGACUGCAGGGUGAGGGAGAAACAUGGCAAGGGCUAAGACAUUGCUUGCAGACUCUUGCUGUGGGUAGCCCUCCCCAUGGUUUGUUAUCCCUUGUUUGUGGUUAACCACUAGUAAAGGAGGAGAGAGACCAGUAGGCUUGAUUGAAGCACAAGAAGGAACUUGGUACAUCCCUUGCUCUGUGACUCUGAAAACAGUACUGUAAAUAGGAAGGGUAUUUUUCAGAAGGAAGCCCCUCAGGCUUCUUUUUCUGUGGGACCAGCCUAAUAUUUAGGCUUAGUAGGGGGUUGCUUUAUUGAGAGAUUUGUCAUGACUGUGGCUGUGGGGGGAGCUGCCUCCAGCCCAUCUCUUCCACCAGGGAAGGGCAUGGAAAGAAAAAUGAGGUGGAGAAGGAGAAAAACUAGUGUACUCGCCCAGACUCAUUUGUAUCAUCCUUCAUGCUUUUAUUUUGGGUGAUGUCAGAAAGGAAGAACCAAGAAGAGGAGGAAACUAUAAAUAACCAACCCUCAGCGCAAAAAUGCACUGUACUUCCCAGGAGGAACUGCCCAUCACUUGUACCCCUCAUCAGGAGGGACUGGGCCUAUGAGGAGGAGGUAUGGGCCAGACCUGGGGAAGUCUCACCUAGAGGUCUGCUUUAGGGUAUAGCAUGGGACAGUCUAAUCUGUCCCUUCUCCCAUUAGAGCUGCAUUAGUGGCUAAACAUCCUUUGGGGCUGACAGCUGAGGAAGCUUUUCUGCAUUCUCUUUGGUUUGCUUCUCUCAUGUAACUGAUGGACUCUGGCAGGCCUGAGGUGGAAAUGGGCCUCUCCCUCAGAACAGACCUGUCAGUGGGAGGUGAGCCAGAUGGCUUCAUCCUGGGUUACUGCCUGCCUCUCUGUCCCUUUCUUCCUCAUUUUAAGUUGCAGAACAGGGACUGGUGUGGCAGGGGAUGCUUUAUAAUAGUACAUACUUAAGCAAUUUUUGCUUUUGCUCGUAGGAGAAGGCAUACUCUCCUCAGGUUAACUUCCUUUCAGCCUUUGCCAGGGCAGCCUGGUGACGACAGACCUGGGGGUAGGAUUCAUUUUGUUUGUAUGUAGCUCUUUAAAAUGAAGGUUUCCAUGGCAUAGGCUGGCUCUGCAGCUGAUGAGAGAUACAGCCUGUCCAAGGGGUUGGUUAGCCUGUGAGCCUGAGGCACUUCUGUUAAGGUGCUGCCUAUUUCUGAGGGCUGUAGGUAAAGCCUGGGUAGCUGGCUAAGACAUGUCCCUUUUAUGUCUUAAACAUGGGUGAGAUCAGUCCCACUCUAAGGAGCAGAAGAUCAGAAGGAAGGCCAUAUAAGCAAAAUGAUACAAAGGCUUUCUGCCUCCUCUGCCAUUUGUCUGGAUUAGAGAGGAUUAUGUUGCUGAGUCACAUGCCAUCCUCUGUUGUGAGCACAGGUCCCUUGAUGUCCCCUUGUCUUGUGAAACUCCUAAGUAAAGGACUGUUUUAUGGAAGUUAGGGCUGUGAAGGGCAAAGAGGUGAUGAAACUUUGCCCCACCUAUCACUUUGGUUUCCUGAUGGGUACUGAGGAACAAGGUUCCCCUGUCCCACACACAUCCCCGUCAUGCUGUUUGUCACCUCAUUGUACACCCUUCCCAUCCACAUUAUUCUUGCCAGUUCCCUCAGGGGAGGAGGGCAUCUUUGGUCCCACAUCUUGCAACCUCCUAAGCACUUAGGAGGACAUGGGAAGGCAGCGUUGAGAGAUGAUUCCCAUAGAAGGUUCCACUCCGGUCUCCAGAGUGCACACAAGGCAUGGAGUCCAGUGAGGCCACCUCAUGCAGCAAGUUCAAACCAUUCGUCCAGACAACUUUGGUACUUCUGUGGCGUCUCUAACACCAUCUGGGCUGCCCUGCCCUUCCCCCUGCAGCAUUACUGCCUGUGUAUAGUAUAUAUAUUAUAUAAAUAUAUAUUUAAAAAGAUGUAUAAUAUAAAGCUAUACAUAUAUACGUAUAUACGAUGACUCAUGGAUGGCCUGCUGCAUACAGGAUCCCCAGAGUGGACUUGUCUAAGCCCGAGUGUCCCUUCUCCCCUCCUCCCCCUCUGACCCUCAGCCCAUCCGUUCCAAACUCCAACUACAGCGAACCGUGCCACCUUGGCACCUGUGUUUACAAUGUCCUAUAUAUUUGUGGUUAACAAAGUGAAGGUGGUAACUACUGGUGUCUCAAUAAAGUUAUGACAUUCAAAAUAACCAAA